CUCUGGCUAGGUACUAUGGCAACAGGAAAGGGGCAGGGAACCCAAAAUUUGUCCCACACAGAAGCGUACGAUGAUGGGCCGUGAACUAAAGUAGGCCAUGACAUAAACAUAUACGUUUUGUUCUUUGUUGUUGAUGUGAUUUGACUUAAUUUGGCAUGCCUUCGUUUGUGUUGUAAGAGUAUACAGCAUAAGUUGUGUUGGGAGAAUGUGUUGAGCAGUCAUUUUAUAUCUAAGCAGAUUGCCUUGUUUGAAAAUGCAACUUGAAUCAGAUUUCAUGCAUCGUGUUUUGAAAGGAUGUUUAGUUCAACCUCAUUACGGACUUAAUGUAUUAAGCCUUAAGCAGCUGAGUCUUCAAGCUACUGCUUUUUGGGCAGUUUGCACACUACACAGACUACAUGAAUCCCCAGAGAAGAUUCAUCGUGCCAGCUCAGAUGAAAUCAUGAAAGCAGCCAGAGAUUGCAUCACCAACAAAAUACCCAGCAAUCUUGUGGAUGAUUUUGUUGUUCAGAUGUUGAAUACCAUAGAUGUGGUAUAUGAACAAAGUAGGGUUGGACGACAGUUAUUGGUCUACGUCGGUUCAUUUAUUCUAAGAAACCUAAAGAUACUUGUGAUGCCCCUUUGCCUUGAACAGGUGACAAUUGCUGCCAUUUUGACACUACCCCUUUGCACAAAUCUCACUGAAUUGUACAUGGAAAGAGCAGACCAAUCUGUCAUAACUCAAGGGAUUCUCUGUCAUAUCCUCAAGUAUCUAAGAAGGUUGAAAGUGUUGGCCUUGCCCAAACAGUGUAAUGAUUCCGUCAUUGCAGAUGUGGGUCAAAACUGCCCCAAUUUGGAGAGCAUUGUAUUGAAUGACACUGGUGUCACCAACACUGGAAUUGCUUGGUUACUUUGUUGUCGACGCCUUCAUACCGUCAUCAUGUUGAAGACUGAAGUCAGUCCACCGGGUGCGGCUCUGCUGCUUCAUGGUUUGCCUUCUCUGAGCAUUUUACUCUACGACAGCAUAGCCGAUACAUUGUGGUACUGCUCCGUUAACGCAGCCGUCUCUCCCAAGUUUGCAUUGAAAACAGUCGCCUUCGGAGCAACUGAUCUCCUCACUCCCGGACAUCUCUAAUUGCUGUCGCAAAUGUGCCCCGGAGUUGAAUGGCUUUCGCUCAACAGUGCAUUCACUUACAGCGUUCAAACCUUGGGCUUCUUGCCUAAAUUGACGCUGUUGAGUGUCAACUUUCGUGGUGGAUCGCUAGACAUUCAUUUUGAAGACUUUCUACGACGAAACGGGAUGACCAUCAGGUGUCUACAAUUGGUUGAAGCACAAGAUAUGGAAUGGACCCGGUUCGAAAAAUUGCUCAUCUUUUGCCCAGCCCUAGAAUCGCUCGUUUUCUACGAAUGUAGUUUCGAGCGUUUCGAACUAUUUGAACACGUCUGUGAACUACGCCGGGCGUCUGGAAAGAGUCAACUGAAAAACCUUCAAAUUUUCCGCACCCCUCUAAUGACGCCCCAACUGAAACAUUUGGUGUCAAUCUUACCGAAUCUUAGUCGACUGGAGCUAGGUCAUUUGGACUGGGACGUUGAGCAAAUCCGCUCGUUUCUGACACGCAACAAGCACCUGGACGUAUUUCGCGUACUAACGUGGAGACUCAAUGGAUUAGGUGCAACCAUGGCGUCAAGGCUCCCGAGUACUACACCACGGCUUCUUACUACACCACAAAGGCACCUGAGUAGGCUACUACACAACCAAGAAAACUGAAUACUACACUGAGGUUCCCAAAUAUUAUUCUGCGCCAGCAUACUAGAUGUUGUUAAUAUUUUAUGUAAAGAGAAUUUAUUUCGUUCGCUCGAGAAUUUAUUCGUUUCGCUCUUAAAUCAAUGUAUUUAAUGAUUCAGCUCAUUGCAUUGUUCACUCAAAUGUCAUGUAUUG